GCUUCUUCUGUGUUUCUCUUCUUCCACUAUGGCGAGCGGAUAAACAAACAGCCCACUGGGUGGGGAACCGGCAGUCACGGCGCACACGUCUCCGCGGUGGUGACGAGCUAACACCGGCUAGUUAACGGUCCGGUGACCGGGCGGUGGGCUUCACGGUGUGCUCUCGGGACGCGAAUAGCGAUGGGAAAAACAACGCGACAAUAGUUGACGUGUCCCUGAACGCCUCGGCGGCGGCAGCCGGUGAACCGGACCGACCGUUACCGGACCCGUUCUCUCUCUGCUGUACAACGACAAGAGGAGAACACCGGAGAACAUAGCUUAGAAUACCGGGGGGGUAUUUUAUUAAAUUGUUCUUUUCUUUUUAUUCUGUCAGAUUUAUUUCGCUCGUAUUUUGUUUUAUUAUUAUUAUUAUUAUUAUUAUUGUUAUUAUUUUAUAUCUUUUAAAAGUCGAACAUGUUGACGGGAUCUAAAACCACGUUCAAAGUGAGACAAAUGCUCCCGGAUAUCAAGGAGAGGAUGCUGAGUCAAAGUGGCGUGACCGCACGGAGUCGAGAUGUGUUUGGGCUACGCUGCCUCCCAGGCGAGUGUGUGCUUCAGCGAGCCGUUAUGGUGAGGAAGAAGUUGAGUGCCAGGGAGGGGAGGGGCUGGGUGUCUGGGACCCUCUUCUGUACCCACUUCAGAGUGGCCUUUGUUCCUCAGGACAGUCCCAAACCUGACGACAAUGCAGAUCCAGUGCUUCUAGGAGAUCAUGACGUGGCGUUGGCGUCCAUAGAGAAGGUUGUGGUUGUGGGCCCAAACAGGACCAAGCUGGUGACCCCAAACUCCUCACUGAAGUUCACUCCGGAGGAGCUGGUGCUUUACUGCAAGGACCUGCAAGUCAUCUGCUUCCUGUUCGACCGCCUCACUCCUGACGCACAAGUCAUCGAGAUAACCUACACCAUCGCCAAGACCUACCAGCCUCUUAAACCAGGGUCCGUUUUAUCUUUCCAGAACGCUGCCCUGGGGAGCGUCGAAAUGAAGCAGUUUCUAAGCAACCGUCGGCGAAACACCCACAUGAACUGGUUUGAGUCCGCCUCGGACUGGGAGCAGGAGCUGGAGCGAUGCGGGGCCACUGGCUGGAGAGUCAGCUCAGUCAACGACCGCUUCGAGAUGUCCACCAGCCUGCCGAGGUCCAUCGUGGUUCCACAGAAGGUCUUCGACACCGAGCUGAAGAAAAGCUUCGCCCACUUCAACGAAGGACGCAUCCCUCGCUGGUGUUGGCGACACCCUCGAGGCAGCGAUCUACUGCGAAUGGCCAGCUUCCAGAACAACAUCUACCACGAGAAAGACGACAUCAGGAACCUGGAGAUGAUCCUGUUCGGGUGCCAGUCGUCUCUGUGUGUGGUGGUGGAGCUCGGCGAGGAGCUGCCCUCACCUGCAGAUAUCCAGCUGGCUCACGGCCGCCUGCGCGCCCUCAGUCUGGGAGAUAUCUCCACUUCUGUGUCGGUGCCGGACGACAAAUGGCUGUCGACCCUGGAAAGCACCCGCUGGCUGGACUACACCAGGGCCUGUCUGAGGAAAGCUUCAGAGGUUGCCUGCCUGCUCCGUGGCGGUCACCUGACUGUGGCACUGCAAGAGGCGGACGACCGGGACAUGGGCUGCGUGGUGUCCAGCCUGGUGCAGGUGAUGUGCGACCCCCACUGUCGCACCCAGCACGGCUUCCAGAGCCUGGUGCAGAAGGAGUGGGUGAUGGCCGGCCACCGCUUCUACAGCCGCAUCAACUACCACCGCGACAACGACAAGGAGGAGGCUCCGGUCUUCCUUCUCUUCCUGGACUGUGUUUGGCAGCUCUUGUCCCAGAACCCCUCUCGCUUCCAGCUGACAGAUGACUUCCUGUUGGCCCUGCACGACAGCAUCCACCUGCCACUUUUCUCCAGCUUCUUGGCCAACUGCCAGCGAGAGAGAUGCAAACGCUCCCAGAACCUCGGGCAGUCCUACACACCCGUCAAUGGCUGGAGAGACAUGGAGUCUUCCUCGGAUCCCUCUGACCCCCCUCUGCCCUCGGUGUGGGACUGGUCCCUGCAGUACAGCAAGCACAGACGAGACCGCUUCACCCAACCCGUCCCCCCAAUCCCUCCUCUCCAACCGCUGCUCAACGGCAACCUGAACACCAACCCGGACACACACAGGCUGACUGACAGCACCCCCGGCUCCGUCUUCCUCCUCUCUCGAGGCGUCUUCUCCUGUCCUGCUAACCUGCUUCCCUGGCGCAGCGGCAGUUCGGGCGUUUACAAGAAGAGCCACCGGAGGGCGGCGUCCUCCGAGAACGUGCCCGGCCUGGAGAGGCUGCUGAAAGCCUGGGCGCUGGCCGAGUUUCCCCAAGGCCUCACGAGGUCCACCCCUGCACCUCAAGGACCACUUGACCCCUAUGAGCCCUUAUUGCCCCUCCUCAUGGGGCCCUGCAUGGGCCUGUGGAAGGAAUGCUACCUCCGGGGGGCGCUCCAUGCACAGGCGUUCUCCCACCCCGUCUCAGCUAACCACCCCCACCCUGUGGAGCGGCUGGCCCGGGAGGUGCAGCAGCUCGAAGACCAGCUGGCGCAGGUGUCCACCGGCACGGAUCCAAGGCCGCCUACCAAGAUGGCCGAGCCCCGACGGGCCGACACCAACCUGAACCAAAACACCAACAACGGCACCUUCCUCUUCCCGGCGGCGCCCAGACCGGCGCCCCGAGCGGCGCCUCCUCCUACCUCCACCAACCACCAGACCUCCAGGGGCCCUCCGCCCGCCUCGGCGCCACCGUCCAGACUCGGCCACAAAGACAACAAGCACACGUUCCUGUUCGGGCACCCUCCCGGAGCAGAGGCCCGCCCCGACCAGCGCUAUUACCCAGCACCCAACAGUGCCAAGCCGCCGAAGGGCAGCGGGUCCUCGAUAGCUUCCUGAGGCCGGGUCCUCGUCUUCUCUCAGAUAUGAUACAGACCCAGUGCAUCAGCAAGUCAUCUGUAUGUAUAUGUGUGUAUAUAUAUAUAUAUAUAUAUAUAUAUAUAUAUAUAUAUAUACACACACACACAAUAUGAAACGACCACGUCUCCCUGGUAUCAUGUCCAGAGGAGGGCGUGAUAAUCAGUGCGUGAGCUCUGCUGUAUUACAAUAAUGUGACAACUGUUUUGUAUAUUUGUAAAGAAUACCGAUAACCUAUGGAAGCUGUGGUGACGCAUUUAAGAAAGCGUGUUCCACUUUUAGUGGGCCGUGGAUGGUGUGAGGAGGCGGUUCUGACCGGAGGACACAUCUGACCCGUCACACAUGUUUCUUUGUGUUUCUUUUUUUUACCACCAGCUCUUUAGAUCUUUUAUUUGUGUAUCUCCGCCCCGAAUAGAAAAGCAGAACACCGCUUGGACAUUUUAAUUUUGAAUUGCAGGCCGCUGACUUUAAUGUGGAAUUUAGGGCACGAGAGCUAUUUUGGUACUGCGUCAUCUCUCUGAGUGUGCUGGCCUGGAUGUGGCUGCAGGCGCUGCACAUCAUUGCAGUUUAAUUCAGGUUCCUGCCUGACUUCACUUAUUUACUCUCAUCCAUACUUUCAUCUUUUAUUUCAGCGUUAUCGGUCCAAUUCAUAAGGAGAAGUGUGAUUUCUGAACGGUUCCUUCUCUAAAUUGGUUAUUUUGAGUUGGGUUGAAGAACGCUCACAUUAUUCCGCCUUGAGAAGGUUCCAGUGUUGGAAGCAAAGGGAAGCUUAUUUCUUCCUGUUGUUCCCCUUUUUCUGUUGCAUUAGUAAGGACCUGGAGUGUGUAUUCAGAGCCCAGAGGGAGCUCUCUGCUCUGAGCCUUUAAUUAAACUGCUUCAGACGGACGGAGUGACGCAUCUGAUUUUCUUCUGAAUGAUAUUUUCCGGCAGGAUAACGACGGUCAGACUGUUGCUGACCGUCUCUCGUGUCAAAAGGCACCUCGCUAUGAAUUAUUAAAUUGUUGUAGAUUCAUCGCAUCAAUAUAUCAAGGCUCAUUGAUUUCAGAGCUUUCCAGGUGAGAUGGCACCGUCGUCUUUGUCCUGUCGCAGAGAACAUCUUCUCUGAUCUUCUCUACGCCCGUCGGUCUGUAUCGUCGUGUAAUUUAAUGUUUUUUGGUACGAGCACCACUUCACAUUUGCCAGAUGUACAUAUUUUUUGUAUCCGCAUGUUUUGAUCCUGAUGAAUAAAAGAAGUGUUAUCAGUG